UGUUCGUGUUCAAUCACUUCAAUCUCAAAAACGAGUGUGUUGUUUUUACUAUUGUUUCUUUAAUUAUGUAGUUAAUUAAUUAAUUUUCCUCUUGAAGUGUAAUAAGUGUAUCUCUGAACGUCUGAGCAAGUCGUUAUUUCUACAAUGGAUGAUUUGGACGACAUUUUCGAUGUGUUCGAAGAGAAUGAAAACGCCGACACUGUCGGCUUGUACUUGGACGCCGUUGAAGCUAAGACCGAAGAAGAAUGCAAAAAACGUAACGUUGACAAUGUCUCUGAAGAUGGAAAUGCUUCUAAGAAAACAAAAACUGAACCGCUCGAAGAUGUUAAAGUCAAAAGUUCCAAAGACAAGAAAUCAUCUGAUCCGACCUGGAAAUGUGAAAUGAAACAUUAUUUAAAUGAAUUCAAGAAAGCAGAUAAAAGCCGCGUAUUCACCGUAGAAACACUCGAAGCUUGUGUACACGAAGUAGCUGUACCACCUGAAGUAGAAUACGUUCCGUUGGAAAAAUCAACGCGCACUCCAGCCAAAGAAUACCCUUUCACUUUGGAUCCUUUCCAGAAAGAAGCUAUCUUAUGUAUCGAUAAUAAUCAAUCUGUGUUAAUUUCGGCUCACACUUCUGCCGGUAAAACAGUAGCAGCAGAAUACAGUAUAGCUAUGGCUUUACGAGAUAAUCAAAGAGUAAUCUAUACCACACCGAUCAAAGCUCUAAGUAAUCAGAAAUAUCGCGAGUUCAGUGAUGAAUUCAAAGAUGUCGGGUUAGUUACCGGCGAUGUAACGAUUAACUACGAAGCUAGUUGUUUAAUUAUGACGACCGAAAUUUUGAGAAACAUGUUAUAUAGAGGAUCGCAAAUAAUGCGUGAAGUUAAAUGGGUAAUUUUUGACGAAAUUCAUUACAUGAGAGAUAAGGAACGAGGCGUAGUAUGGGAAGAAACUUUGAUACUGUUACCGGAUAACGUCAGAUUCGUAUUUUUAUCUGCUACUAUUCCGAAUGCUCGUCAGUUUGCUGAAUGGGUAGCUUACAUCCAUAAUCAACCUUGUCACGUCGUUUAUACCGAAUAUCGUCCGGUGCCAUUGCAACAUUAUUUGUUUCCUGCUGGUGGUCAGGGAAUCCAUCUCAUUGUCGAUGAACAUGGUAAUUUUCGAGAAGAUAAUUUUAACCUCGCCAUGUCCAUUCUGUCCGAUUCGAAUCCGGUUAAAGAAGAAGCACGUAAUAAAUGGAAGCAGAAAAUGCAGGCUGCGGGAGUCAACUGUUUCAAUAUCGUGAAAAUGUUGAUGGAACGACAUAUGGCUCCAAUUAUAGCUUUUUCCUUCAGCAAGAAGGAAUGCGAAGUUUACGCUAUUCAAAUGGCCAAGCUAGAUUUUAGUACGAAAGAAGAAAAAAAAUUAAUCGAAGAAAUCUUAACGAACGCUUUAGACGUCUUAUCAGAAGAAGAUCGUAAAUUACCUCAAGUCGAAAGUAUCAGGCCUCUUUUACUCAGAGGAAUAGGCGUACAUCACGGAGGUUUGCUGCCAAUAUUGAAAGAAACUGUUGAAAUACUUUUCGCCGAGAACUUAUUGAAAAUUUUAUUUGCCACCGAAACCUUCGCUAUGGGAUUAAACAUGCCUGCUCGUACUGUAUUGUUUACAAGCUGUCGUAAAUUUGAUGGAAAACAGAAUCGAUUUGUCACAUCUGGUGAAUAUAUUCAGAUGUCUGGUCGAGCCGGAAGACGUGGUUUGGACGAAAAAGGUAUUGUUUUGUUGAUGAUCGACGAAAAAGUCAGUCCAGAUGUAGCCAAGUGUAUCGUACAAGGUCAAGCUGAUCCAUUGAAUUCGGCUUUCCAUUUGACGUAUAAUAUGAUUCUGAAUUUAAUGCGAGUCGAAGAUAUUAAUCCGGAGUAUAUGUUGGAGAGGAGUUUUGCACAGUUUCAGAAUCAAGCUGCCAUACCAGAUGUUUGUGCGAAGUUACAAAAAUUACAAAUCCAAUACGAUAGUAUGAAAAUUGUCAAUGAAGACAAAGUCGCCCUGUAUUACACGUUGAAGAAACAAGUCGGCGUUGUCAAAGAAAAAAUUCGCGAAUUUUUCGUACUGCCUGUUUAUUUAAUACCGUUUUUACAAGUUGGCAGAAUGGUGAAGAUUAAAGACGAUCAACGAGAAUACGAUUGGGGUAUCAUAUUGAACUUCAAGAAACACGAUUCACGUAACAAAAAUCCCUCGAAUCCGGACGCAGUCAACAUCACCGUCGACGUUAUGGUACCGAUAUGUAAAAGCGAAAAUUCUCAAGCUAACGAAAUGGAGGUGAUUUCCAUCAAGCAUAACCAAAUAGUCGAAAUCGGAGCUGUCAGAUUAACGUGCCCGAAAGAUCUCAGAACGUCGGAUAACCAAAAGGCUGUUUCUAAAUCGCUCCAGGAGACUAAAAAACGAUUCGACCAGAUCCCUUUGUUAGACCCAGUCAACGAUAUGAAUAUCCAAGCAAAUGGUUUAAAAGCAUCUAUCACGAAUUUACAAGCCUUAGAAACUAAAUUAAAGGCAAUGCCAAUUCACGAAUCCGCCGAUAUCGAUCAGCUUUGUAAACAAUACGACGAGAAGUUCAAGAUAUCCGAAGAAAUUGAGAAUACCAUCGCCGAGUUUAAAAAACUCAAUAAAGUAGAUCAGCUGGUCGAAUUGAAACGCCAUAAAAAAGUAUUGAAGAAGUUGAAUUAUUGCUCGGCUGCCGAAGUUGUAGAAACCAAGGGUAAAAUCGCUUGCGAAUUGAGCAGUGGCGAAGAGUUAUUAAUGACUGAAUUGAUAUUCAACGGUAUAUUUUCCGACCUAAAUCCGGCUCAGUGUGUGGCGCUGUUGAGUUGUUUCAUGUGCGAUGAGAAAAGUAACACUCAGAUACAAAUGACCGAUGAAUUGUCUGGCUCAUUAAGGCGAAUGCAGGAGUUGGCCAGAAUGAUCGCCAGGGUUAGUAAAGAGUGUCAUAUCGAAAUAGACGAGGAUGCGUAUGUGGAUAGAUUCAAACCGUUUUUAAUGGACGUAUGUUAUGCCUGGUGCAACGGUAGCACAUUUAUGGAAGUUUGCCGUAAAACAGAUAUUUUCGAAGGCAGUAUUAUUCGAUCGUUUAGGCGAAUGGAAGAAGCUCUUAGGCAACUGGUACAGGCUACGAAAAGUAUUGGCAAUAGUGAUCUAGAGAAGAAAUUCAACGAAGCGAUCGUCGCUUUGAAAAGAGGCAUAGCUUUUGCCGCUAGUUUAUAUUUGUAGAGGUUUUGUCUAUAAUAGUAAACUAAACGAUGACCUAAGAUCAGCAGAAUGCGGUGUUUUGUUUUAUGUUUUUUUACCUCUAAUUUUCUACCAGAUGUUUGUUUGAUGUACCAAGUUGUGUAUAAAUACAUCAUUUUUUGAUUCCAUCUUCA